ACGUUGUUUUGAAAACUCAGACAUGCCUGUAGCAGUAGGAACAAGUGCUCUGAGUUCGCUUGUGACUCCCGAAGGGCUUGAAAAUGCUGCAAGGGAAGUGGAUCGACAACUUCAGGCUGACAGACAGUACCCUGAGCUGGCAGAACAGAUUAACGCUUCCCAGGGUAAACUACUUGCCUUAUUUCCUGGAGCAGUUUUGCUCCUUUAUUUUAUAAUUACAGUCGACUCCCGAUAACUGGAACGUUCAAGGGCAAUCGAAAGAAGUUCGAGUCAUCGGGAGCUCGAAGAAAAUAGCCGGGAGUAAGGAAAAAAACAGUUUUUUCCAGUACAGUGAACACUUUAAUCACAUUUCAUUGUAGAAAUGUUAAGUGAAAAUUAAAAGAUACUUCUAAAUCAGAACGUAACGUAACGUAACAAAUCAUUGCCUAAAUAGAGCAUGCGUUUUACUGUUUUGAGAAGUAAAGCUGUGUCACGUUAGAUUUGUGACAAACAACAUCAGCCUCCACUAGUAAAUUAUAUGCCUACAAUUCAAUGUUUUGGAUGCCAGUACAAUGCUUUUUCCCGCCUAUUUAAAAGCUCAAAACAUGGUCUGAGUUAUCAAGGGUAAAAUUAUAUAAAAAUGAUUUCAGGGGAAACAAAAAUUACUUCGAGUUAGCAGUAGGUUUGAGUUGGCAGAAGGUUCGAGUUAUUGAGGGUUCGAGUUACCGAGGGUAAAAUUACAGUACAGUCGACUCCUGGUAACCCGAAGCCUCUAUAACUUGAACCUCCCGCUAACUUGAAGCAAUUUUCAUUAUUUCCCAUUAAAUUGUUUUCUAUAUAAUUUAACCCUUGAUAACUCGAACUCGCGACAACUCAAACUUUCUUCUAUUUCCCUUGAAGGUGCGAAUUAUCGGGAGUCAACUGUAAAUGUAUGAUGGAAAUCCAGGGGAAAUCGAUUUUGGUUCCAGUUAGGGAGGUUCAAGUUUUUGGGAGUCAACUGUAGAAACUUUUCAUAGCUGCAUAUCCUAACUAGUAGAACAUCAAUAUUUGUUGAUUUAAUUAGUAUUUUAAGUGGACAGACUACAGAUGGAUAUUGUUGCUCUUACAAAUUUUUCUGAAUCUGAAAAUGCUAUAACCAUAUAUCAGACAAAAUAAGCAGACUUUAACCUUCCAUGUCAGUGAAUUUUCGUUUGUUCUCCAUUCAAUUUAACUUCCAACCUCAGGGUUCGCAAAUACGCCAAAUUUGGCGUAUUUUACGCCAAAAUUGUUCAAAUGACUCCACUGAGGUUACGGAGGGAGUCACUUCGACUCCAGAAAUUUUCGGUAACAAACAGGGAUCCACUUCGACUCCAGAAAUUUGCGGUAACAAGCAGAGUUUUGUCCUUACCUUUUUCACAACAAAUACAAUUCACGUUAAUUGUAAACGUUGUAAACCUCAAUUAAAUCAUCGCAAUUAAAGAAUUAUACUGCACGACAAAACAGGCAGAGGGUAAAUUACGAUCAAAGUUUACUCGAUGAGCGCCAUCAUGGAUUUGAGUCAGCAGACCGCCACAGCUACUUCGUGUAUCCCUCACGAUAGUGUAUACAUGCCAGGACCACGUGCUGGAAAGUCUGAAAAUGGCUUUUUUCGUUGUGAUACUUGACUCCAAAUAUUCCAUAAUGACUCCAAAAUUUGUGAAGCAGAAGUCACACUGACUCCACUCAUCAAUAAAAUUUGCAAACCCUGCAACCUCCUCCCCACACCCAUUGCCAUGAUAUUUUGGAAGUUAUUUCUUUGAUGGGGUGGGGAGGGGGGUAACCAAUCACAUGGAGAUCCAAAUUAAAGAAAGCAAAAAGUUAUUCCCAACCAUUAUGAUUCUUAGGGUGCUCAUUGUAUUAGUCUCAACUGGCAAGCCAAACCAGUCCAGUUUAGUGAACAUUAAAAAUGAAUACAACGUUGAACGUGGGAUCUAAAGAAGACCUAGGUGAUCAGCAAAAAUAUACCAAGUGGACACUUUUAAUUCUGCAAUGCUAAUCGUACCAAUAGAACCCAAAACAAAGUGGGGUUGUAGCCGUUUGAUGUCCAGAAAUGCACUCUGUUUUGGGUUCUAUCGGUGUCAUGUCUGUGUCUUGCAAAGUUAUUUUCAAUUACAGUAGUAAGAUCAGAUUGCAGAAUUCAAUGUGUCUACCCAAUUAAAGAGAAUUUCACAACUGACCAGGACAGUCGAGCCAGAUCUGUCCCGAUAAGUUUUUAAAGAAAACUCUUGAGAAAGGUCCAUUUUUUUUUCAAAAGGAUGGGUUAAGCUGGUUUGUUCUGACUUUUGGUAAGUGCCUGUAAUAUUUGAUAUCCAGUUGUUUUAGUUUCAUUACCCCUCUCAAGCCCUGUACAAAGGAUGGAAUAAUGAUAAUAUUCCAUAAUGAUUACUUUUUACUAUUUUUACUUCAGAAAAUCUAGAUUGGUUUUUUUACCUACAACGAUAUUUUGUACAAUAAUUGUAAUAAUUAUUUAAGGAGCGUGCAAGCUUUUAAGUGACAUGCAAAAUCUAUCCCUUCUGUUUUAGAGCAUAUAAUCUAAAGUAAUAUUGCCUUUAUUCUUUUCUUUCUACCCAUGAUUUUAGCCUUUACAACCUUCAGUGGAAUCAAUGAUUAUGACUACCCUGCCCUAUCCUCACCAUCUGUUGGUUUGGCGGGUAUGGAACUUGUCAGUCUCCUUAAACGGGUUCCUCUUCCUGGAGAAUUAGUGGAGCAGUUUGAUCGUAUCCUUUUAUAUGAUCUUCAAUAUGUACGUGUAAUUACAAAAAAUAGAUGGUGUAGGAGAGCAGUCAGAUUGAAUUUGUGAACUGAAAAAGAGUGAGGGAAACUGUUCUAAUUAAAAACUUAGAGAUGUUUUACAUUUUCAAUAAUUAAGAUUUUUGCCUGUAUUUGAUGGUUAUUGUAUUGGAAGAAGGCAUUCAUUCAAGGGAGUACACAAAUUCAGGUAUUAAGCUUAUUGACCAAGUUAGUACAAGGUCAAGAUUGAUAGGUAUUGACUCAGUUCUUUUUCUACAUUUUUAUGGACGAAGAUGAAGUCAAGGGCUAGGAAAAAGAACAAAAGCCAAUUACCUUCUGGCCGUCUUGACCAAACACGCUUGGUCAAUAACUUGCUUACUUAGGCCAGGAAUCAUCCUGCGCCGUCCUAAUAAAAUCCUUGCACACAACCUGAUCAAGCAUUGCAUCUUUUCUUUUUUUGGUAUUGUCCAGUCCAGUGUCAGCUUUAAUGGUGUCAAUGUAUGUUGACCAUGUUGGGGUUGCCAAAGCAGUACUUUUGAAGCAGUCUCUUCAUUGUGACAAGCACAAUGGCCAGCUAAUCUUAAUCUUCUUGCACAAAUUUUUGGUCAAUAAAGGAACUAUAUUUCCUGUGGGGAACAAAACUUGGCAAGAUAAGACAAACCAAUUAGAACACAUGAUUCACUCUAUCUUGCCGAAUUACUGUUGGUCUCGUUGUUAUAGCACCUUGACAUCCUCAUUAACAGACAUGCAAUGUAACUGUAUGAUGGGAUUGUUUCCUGAGAUCAGACGAGCUUGGCUAACUAUUGAUAGUGAUAUCUUUGUCUGGAAUUAUGAAGAUGGGUAAGCUGUGAAUUCCUAAGCUUGGUUUGGCAUUCAAUUAUUACCGAUGUUCAAACAAAAGCAUGUUUUUGUUCCUAAUUUCAGGAGUGACUUGGCAUAUUUUGAUGGCUUGAGUGAAACUAUUCUGUGUGCUGGAUUGGUGAAACCUAAACCAGGUGUGUUUCAGUUUUGCUGGCCUGUUUAGGUUUAUGAAAAGUACAGCCGACGUAUUUAAAGGAGAACUUUGAUUUUGAGAAAAUAAUAUCAAAAAAGUAUCAAAAAAGUUUGCUUUUCUAGCUUUGUGGACAGCUUGGUUACCACUGAUAUUGAUGGUAGCAUUUUUUAACUCUUGACUGAAAUGCGCCAAUUGCUAACAUGCACACAUUGCUACGUAUAAUGGCUGGGCACAGCCAACUGACACCAUCACAUGAUUAUGACCAAUCGGUACAAACUAACCUGUCACACCCAAACCACAAUGCAAAAUUAAUGUGCUCCCAAAGAUUGAGGUCUCAUUUGAACGAUCACAUCAAAGGAUUUUGUCCACAGACUCAAAGGAUGAAGGUAAAAUGAUGUGACUCCUCUGUUUUCACUGACAUACGCAAAUUAGUGCAUCUACACCUCAUUUUUUUUAGCCCUUUAUAUUUUGGCAAAAUUGAUAAUGGUGUAUGUUAAUUCCUAUGUGUACAGAAAUCCUCAGGGAAUCAGUUCGGUACAUCUUGUGUCUCACUACACCAAUUGACAUUGUGCUUCUUGCUGUGACAUUUACACCAAAGAAAUUAGGUAUUGUCAAGUUUUGUUUGUUGUACUUGAAUAUUAUCACUGCAGGCAAUUUUUUGUGGUUAUCAGGGCUGCAAAUAACGGACAGCAGGUUGCCAGUCAUGAUGACCGGCCAAAUAUUUUUGAGCCCAGACAAACCCCGAUUCUGGCCGGUCAAAUAAUGAAUACUAAUAAUUUUUUUUUGCCUAAGGAAUAUCCAAUUAUGCUGGCAAUAGAUCGUUAUUACUACAUUGACGUUCACAUUUUUGACAGCAAAUUGGUGAAAAAUGCAUUCGCACAUUGUAGAGUUCCUUUCCGUGGUUUUCGCGCGUUUUAAUGUUACGUUCUACCUUGAGUAUCAUUGCACGGCGGCGUCUGAAGUCUCUAGAGGUAAAAAGUGAAGCGUAAAUCCUUUUCGAACUCCCAAGGUUCAGGAAACGGAAUACACAUACAGUUCAGCAAACUUUAGAAAUUACGAAAAAAAGAAAAAAUUGGGUUAUUUUACAAAAUCUGCACACGUUUGUUUUACGUUGAUGUUCCGAAAUGAACAUCGGUGAAACUUGAUCUUUUUCCUUGCCUGGCACGUGAUCGAAAGUCACUUCCUCGAAGAAGAAUCGUCGCUGAUAUUUUCGGCAAAGAAGUUGAUUUGCAUUGGCAUUUGCAUUUGCAUUUGUUCCACAAACAGCGUGUUGAUGAUCAGAAGUCAAUAAAUAAAUUUGGGUCAUCGCGCAACAUUUUAUCGCGAAGGGCUCAAAUGUCAAAUGAAAUUUGCAUAAAGUUGUUUACGAGAACGAGAAUCUAGCGCCGCGAUAGACGACGACCUUCCCUCUUGAGUAGCUUAAAUUUUUAUCAGACCAUUCUGGAAUCGAGUCUGCAAACGAGAUUCAUGUUCGACGUAAAAGAAAUUAUUAUUAAUCGAUGUGCUAACAUUUAUUCCCGGAGAAACACAGGACGACCUGUUGAGAAUUGCGAUCGAUUUGCCUGAAUUCCUUCGAAUUCCCAAAGGUCACAUUGCUGAUUACAGCAAAGCCGAAAGUACAGUAUGACUUGCAACGUUGCGUUACUUUCCAACUCAGUUUGUUAUUCGCUUUGUUGCGUUAGAUUACGACAUGAUGACAUGAAAUUAAUUUAUUGCGGCGUUCUUUUUCUUAGAAGGGUUUAGUGCGAAGCAGCAAAAAACGCCAAAGAAAAAAGAAAUCAUUGCAGCGUUAUAAAGCAUUAAGCGACAACUGUAUGGAAAAUAAAGUGUUUGUAUCCAAAAAUGACCGGUCAAAAUGACCGGCAAGACCGGAGUUUGACCGGUCAAGUCCGCGAUCAGGCCGGACAUUGUCCGUUGACCGGCCGUUAUUUGCAGCCCUGGUUAUUCUACAGUAUGUUUUAGGUAAAAUCCUUUUUCAUCUUAAACCAGUAUUAAAAAAAGCACUUGAUUUGAGUGUCAAUGUAUUUAGCACGAAAGUGCUAAUUGGGGACACUAUAUUUUACGUCUCCUAAGAGACGGGACCGCUAUUUUAUGUGGUCACGCGGACCCCGCCAAGGUCAAGCCGCUUGCAGUGCAAAGGGAGUACCUUCAUUCCUCAGUUAUUUUUAGACCCUGAGUAUUGGUCCAGCCCCGGAAAACGAACCCUCGACCUCCCGCUCUGCAGUCAAGCGCUCCACCGACUGAGCUAAUGCUGGGCUUGUGUUAAAAAUUUCUUUGUCUUGUAGCCGUAAUUACUCAUAGCGAAUAAUGGAAAUUCUGGUUUAACCUGAGAUUGGAUUUUACCAUCAACAUAAAUCAGGGAUGUACAUGUACAUAUGGUGCACGUUAUGGGAUGUGUGUUUCCUUGUUUUUUCCUUAUUCAGGGGUUUCAAUAAAAAUUGAAGUAGCCAGCAGAUUUGAAUAGCGUAUCUGACUCUAUCUCAAUAACUUCUCAUUACAAUUUUUUUUCAAAUUCUGCCAGGAAAUUAUAACCAUGAUGAAUUUGCUGAGAUGCAUCUUCAACCAGAUCCGCUGUUUUCGAUUCCAUCUGAUAACAUUUACUUGACUUGCAUGACUGGAACUCAUUUAGGAAGGAUUUUUCUUGGAGGAAAAGAUGGUUGUGUAUAUGAGAUAGUUUAUCAGGUAAUGUAAUCUCCAUGUGCAAUGGUGUCUCUGAUGUUUCCCUUAAAAUUUUAUGUUAAUCACUGGCUAUUUUUUUACUCUGUUUAUCUCAUGCACUAUGGACCUAGCCCUAGGGGGUCUCAUUGGGGUUAGCUCUUUGCCAUAAAACAGCCGAAAGGCUUAGCUGUUAGGUGUAAAAGAUGGAAAUUCUGAACCCUUAAACAUAAAAAAUGCCUCCACGUAACAGAGACCCUCAUCUCACAGCAAGUUUUUUUGACAUUGAAGUGACUGAUCACAAACAAACAAAAAAAAAACUAAAACAGUAAACAAACAAGAAUAUAAGAAUGAAUAGUGAAGAAGCAGAAUGUCACGUUAUCUCAAGAGUCAGGGACUUUUCCCACGCACCCCUUCAAUAAAUUUCCCAACUCAUUUCCAAAAUGAGGGAAUUUUUGUGGUUGUACUAAAAGUAAUUGGGUAUACUUGGCUUUUAUUCUUAACAGGCAGCUGAUAGUUGGUUUCAAAGGAGAUGCCGCAAGGUGAACCACUCAUCAGGAGCGUUUUCUUUUCUCGUGCCAUCAUUUUUGAAUGCCACAUUUAGUGGAGAGGGUAUGUACAAUUAAGUAAUUAUUGGUACCUGUACAUUAGGGCUUGGAAAUAACUUGAAUAGACCCUUUUACCGAUACGGCGGCCAUAUUGAAUUAACUGGAUGUAGGGAGUAUUAUGGGAUGCCCAGGGGGCAUGAGCACUAUCCGAUAUACUCGCAUCAGUAUUUACGCAUGCUUUUCAGGUCAGUUUUUCUUUAAGUUUUCCUAAAAAAAGAUUGCCACGGGAAAAAGGAUUGUCAUGCCGUGUUUGGAUGUAAUAGACCAUCGUCCCUUUGAUGUUGAAAUAUACAUUGAAGUUCUCUUUUUUCUCUAAGACGGACGAGUGCCCUUUGGGCAUCCCGCACUCCCUAAAUGUGUCAAUGUCGGAGAAGGCUCUGUUCCUUGUCUCUUGGAAAUCAAAUAUGUGCCUACUUAAUCUGAUCUCCCGAUCAAGUCUCCAUGAGACAAUCAUCCCACACAUUUCUAUCCGGUAUUGCUGACCAGAUUUCCUGAUAUUGUCAAGACUGUUGUCUCUUUUGAUGUUGUUGAUAUAGUCAAUUGGCCCUCUUCCCCUGUUAACUGUUCCUACAUGUGGUUGCCAUAAGACAAAGACAAAGACAAAGAAAGUAGUGUUUUAACAUUUUGUUUACCUGGGGUUGUUGCAUGUUUGCAGGAAUUUCCCUAAGAGCCCACAGCCAGCUGUGCUGAAAAAGAGCUGAUCAGCGGCUCAAAUUAAUCUGGAAAACAAAGGCAUGGGGAAAUUUUGAAGGAACUGUUCAGUGAAAAAGCUGGCUUGACUGACCAAAAGAAACUGCUCAGCUUUGCCUUAGCUACAUCCCUGUGCUUGUUUGACUUUAUGAUUUAGUUAGAAGAUGACCCUGACCCAUCAAGCAAUAAUAAUUAUUGAGCAUGAAAAAUUGCUUGCCUAGAAGGAAAAUUGACUUGUCGCAGUUGACUCCAGGUGGGACUUUCUUUCAGUCCCUUUACCUGCACAUAGAUACCAUAUACCUCUUGAAUACUUAUUAAAAAUGUUUGCAAGACAUUUUUCUGUAAGGUAGAAUAUUGUUUGUUUGUUUGUUUGUUUUUAUGUUGAUUCAGAUCCCAUUGUUCAACUGGCUGUUGACAACACAAGAAACAUUCUUUAUUCUCGAUCAGAGAAAGGAACAAUUCAGGUAAUAAAUUUUUUGUGUGUUUGAAAGUUGUUUCAGUUAACUCUGGUCAUGGUAAGGUGUAAGAUCACAGAGGUGUAGCUGAAGGUAAAAAUGCUUGUUCACAAGACAUUGAAACUUGUUUUUCAGUGCAGCCUGAGAGAAGAGCAUCAUCACAUUUUCUGGUUAUUAUGAGGCAAAUGAUCUUGCUGACCAAAAAAAAAGUUAAAAGUAAAUCAGGCUUGAAUUUGGCCUUUUCAUCAAAAUGAUAGGUCAAAAUUAAAUUCUGGUUAAAUUUGUCUUAUCCUAGUUAUUCAUGAAUAAUCAGGGCUAGGAGUCUAAGAAAAAUGACAAUAAACCUAGAUUGAAAGAUUUUACAAAAAAAUUUAAAAAAUUUUGACCUGUAAUAUAUGCAUUUGACAGAUCUCAACGUCAAGAGACUAUUUAGUGCACUGCAAAAAAUCUCCAAAAUUUAUGGGACAGUGAUAAAUAUUGAUUGUUACUGAAUUCCCACAGGUUUUUGAUCUUGGUGCUGAUGGAAAGGGCAUGUCGUAUGUGGCUUCCCUCACUCAGGACAGAAUCACACAAAGAGCAGCAUCAACUGCUAGGUAGAAGUAUUUUAUACUUUAAUGUCAUUUUACCCUUUGGUGGCCACCAAUCCUUUUUCAUACUCUCUUUCUUCCCUCUGCCUUUCUUUUUUUAUCUCUAGGUUUGUUUCCAACAUUAUCUUGUUUUUCUUUCGUAUGUGGGCUGACUUUCCAGGAAAGAGAGAAAUUCACUGCAGAAUGGGAGAAGCAAAGUAGCAAAAUUAGCAGUAGAUUUUUCCUCAGAAUGCUAGUCGGUUUUUUGUAGUAACAUGAUUGGUCAGAAUUCCUGCUGAGGAACCUGUGUAAAGAUCUCUUCUUCCUGAAUUGGCUGCUUACCCAUGUUUCCUACCAAAAGGUUACAUGUAACAACAUAUUUUUGUUGUUUUCAUUUUCAGAACUAUUGAUUCCAAUAAUUUUAGACCAAUUAUUCACAUUGCACCAAUUCCAAGGAAUGAAUCCAAAACUGUCCAUCUAGUUGGAAUCACCCAAGCAGGUAAGGGAAAGAAGCCUUGUUAGGGGUGCCUACCGGAUGAAUCACUACAUGUAUUUUAAUCAGGCUCUGUCGCGUGUUCUCUAGUUCAUUUUGUUAAUAAUCCCAAUUGUAUGUGUCAUUAAUCACUGUGAAACUUGAGAAAUAUAAACUUACGUUGUCAAAAUCACAGCAUCACAGCUUGGUGUCAAACAAGUAUGUCUCCAAUGCAUUUUAUCAAACAUUACAAACAUAAAACUAUUAGGCUUACAAGUUUUCAAACACCACAAUAGCAAUCCAAUACAAUCUUCUUUAACUUCGUCCAUCUUUUCAUCUUUUUUGUAUUUGCUGUAUUAUUAUUUUAUACCUUGUUUCUUUUCAUGUUUGGGCAGAUAGAUAUUUUUAUUUAUGUUUCACUCAGUUUGGUGGCACUUCUCAUGGUUUGAAUAUUUGUGAUAAAUUUUGUGACACAUCUCCUUUAAGUGUCUUUUAAUGAACUACAGUCAGAUUUUUCUUUUAGUUCUUCCUUGAUAUGCUUGCAAAUCAACGAGACAAACAUCAUUUAGGGCUUCAUCCUUGAGUAAUGACGCCAUAUGUGGGUUGAGUUUGUUGCUGGUUCUCUCCUUUGCUCCGAGAGGUUUUUCUUCGGAUACUCCUGUUUUACCCUCUCCUCAAAAACCAACACUUCCAAAUUCCAAUUCGACCAGGAAUCAGGUAGAUGAAGGACCACUUAGUAAAUGUGCCACUUCUAAAUCGUUAUUUUAUUUGUUUAUUCACCCAACUUUGUUUCUUGACCAGGUGUGCGCCUUUACUUUAGUACAACAAAUGUAAGGGCUCCAUUAGAGAGACCAAGUAAACUACAGCUUGUUCACGCCAGACUGCCGCCAGGGUUUGCACCAUCAGCAACCUCACAGAGACCAUCUCAAGUACAUGCAGCCUUCUACAGACAAGGUGCUUUGCAAACAUACUGAUUUUGUCAAGGCAUGACUUGCUCUCAAGUUGAGAAUGAUCUUCUUUUAGUGAGUGACUCAGGCAAGGGAGGAAAAAGAAUCAGAGUCCUCUAACAGAAGUCAAACUUAUGACUUGCUGGUGACUACAUGGCUCGAAAAAAAUCCUGUCCGAUAGUCCAAGACUAGCCGAUCAUCUUGCCGGGCAUUUAACUUUUAAAAGUUUACUUGCCUGAUGGAAAAGGGUCAAGUCCAACUCUCUAAUAAAAUCAUUAGCAUAUAGGCAAGAAGCAGCCUCGCACAAGCUAAAUGUGAGAGCUUCUUGCUGGAAUUCAAGUGAUUUUUCACGCCCUGUACUUGUCCAGAUGCUUUACUGCUGAGCUACAUAGGACUAAUGGGAGCUAUAACCAUCAAACUAAGUUCAUGUGAUAAAUAUCCUACGAUCAACUCCCCCUGAGACAGACACCUUUUAGAUUGGCACUAUGUGUCCCUCAAAGAUGUAAAGAAAGGCAGGGACUAUUGGUGUCCUUUUAUAGAGGUGUCUAUCAAGAAAGAGUUGACUGUAUGUUGCUAGGACUGGGUUGUUGAUAGGUAAUUUAAUAAUAUUUGCAAUGACAUAUUAAAAGCUUAAGCGUUAUGGGGAAUUUUAUCCCUGUGAAUUUAUGACUGAAAAUAUAUUAUAGCUCUCAUUUGAUUUAAAGGAGUCAUGUUACUGUUUUUGCAUCUUCGAAAAUUAAGCCUGAAUUUUUCAAAGUUGUUGUUUAUAGUAAGCAUUUGAGGCAUUAAUCAUCUCCAUCCAAAACCAUCCUUACUUUUGGAAGUUACAGUAGCUACAUUACAUGUACCUCUUUAAUGUUAUUCUUGGGAGGUUUCUUUCAAUUUCAAGCUAAUUUGUAGAUAAUGAUAAAAUAACAUUGAUGAUUGUCUUUUUCAGGCAUUUCAUUGCUAGCUUCGUCUCAAACAGAAGAGAUGGAUAUCCUCUGGGGAAUCAGUCCUGAUCCAUUUCCUUUCCAGUCUCCACUUAAAGAGAUGCAGGUAUCAAUAAAUUUUAAGAACUACCGUUUGCAUGAUUUGAUGGUAUUCUGGAUUUUAAUUCUUAUUUCAUGGUACAUUUGGAUAGCAUUGUUCUAGCAUAAGGGUAUGUUUUAUUGAGAACAUUUUAAAAUAAGUUACCUGUUUACUCGCAAAAGUGGUCAGAAGUCAGAAAUUAUCAAAAUUUCCAAAAUAAAAAAAAAAAUUACUUUGCAAAAUCCUGGAAACAACUAGUACCUUUUGAAAGAGCAGCAUAGGGGUUUUGUUUGAAUGUUCACACCAUAGGAUUUCAUCCACAAAUUGAAAAGGUGGUCUUUCAGUAGAAUACUUUAUGUUUUAUUCUGGGAGUGAAAGACUGUUAAAAAAUCUCCUUUUUCAAAUUUUGGAGCCUCUAGAUUACUGACGCAUUAAAUUGUGGGCAUUCUAUAUCUGGUUCUCUAUGGGCAAUUUCUACAUUUAGAUUUUGAUUCCAUUUUAUUCUUAACCUGAAAUGCUGCCAAAGAAAUGUACUCUAGUAUAAUUCAAGGGUAUGAAAAGUAGAAUUUUCCAUAUUUCUGCAAGCACCUACAAUAGGAGCAUUUUAAGGUACAUGUAGCUUGCUGGGACAUUACUUUGAGUUACGGUAUGCAUAAUCUGUUAUUGAUGAUGUCAUCAUCAUCCUGUGCUCUGAUUGGUUAGGACCUGAUGUGACUUUAUUAACAGUUGUGAUAUUUUGUGUUAGGUAAAUGUACCAAUGGAGGGUAGAACUUGGUCUUUAAGUGAGGUACCUGGAUUUGGGGGCAACGUGACAAGUGACUGUCCCAUACAAAGCGACAGAUGGCCAGAUCCACCUGCUGUCAUCAGACAACAUGCUUCCUGUCAGAGGUCCUUUGUGGCUCUCAGUGCGCAGGUGAGUUUUGGAGUCGUGCAGCCAUUUAUUUUUCCUGGUUGUCCCAGUUGUCCUGGCUGUCCCAGUUGUCUCCUUUGUCCCAGCUGUCCUGGUUGUCCCAGUUUUCCCGGUUGUCCCAGUUGUCCUGGUUGUCCCAGUUGUCCCAGUUGUCCUGGUUGUCCCAGUUGUCCCAGUUGUCCUGGUUGUCCCGGUUGUCCUGGUUGUCCCAGUUGUCCCAGUUGUCCUGGUUGUCCCAGUUGUCCCAGUUGUCCCAGUUGUCCUGGUUGUCCCAGUUGUCCUGGUUGUCCCAGUUGUCCCAGUUGUCCUGGUUGUCCCAGUUGUCCUGGUUGUCCCAGUUGUCCUGGUUGUCCCAGUUGUCCUGGUUGUCCCGGUUGUCCCAGUUGUCCCGGUUGUCCCGGUUGUCCCAGUUGUCCUGGUUGUCCCGGUUGUCCCAGUUGUCCUGGUUGUCCCAGUUGUCCCAGUUGUCCUGGUUGUCCCAGUUGUCCCAGUUGUCCCAGUUGUCCUGGUUGUCCUGGUUGUCCCAGUUGUCCUGGUUGUCCCAGUUGUCCCGGUUGUCCCGGUUGUCCCAGUUGUCCCGGUUGUCCUGGUUGUCCCAGUUGUCCCGGUUGUCCUGGUUGUCCCAGUUGUCCCAGUUGUCCUGGUUGUCCUGGUUGUCCCAGUUGUCCUGGUUGUCCCGGUUGUCCCAGUUGUCCUGGUUGUCCUGGUUGUCCCAGUUGUCCCAGUUGUCCUGGUUGUCCCAGUUGUCCCGGUUGUCCCAGUUGUCCCAGUUGUCCUGGUUGUCCUGGUUGUCCCAGUUGUCCUGGUUGUCCCGGUUGUCCCAGUUGUCCUGGUUGUCCCAGUUGUCCCAGUUGUCCUGGUUGUCCCAGUUGUCCUGGUUGUCCUGGUUGUCCCAGUUGUCCUGGUUGUCCCGGUUGUCCCGGUUGUCCUGGUUGUCCCAGUUGUCCUGGUUGUCCCAGUUGUCCUGGUUGUCCUGGUUGUCCCAGUUGUCCUGGUUGUCCCGGUUGUCCCAGUUGUCCUGGUUGUCCCGGUUGUCCUGGUUGUCCCAGUUGUCCUGGUUGUCCCAGUUGUCCUGGUUGUCCUAGUUGUCCCAGUUGUCCUGGUUGUCCCAGUUGUCCUUGUUGUCCUGGUUGUCCCAGUUGUCCUGGUUGUCCCAGUUGUCCCGGUUGUCCUGGUUGUCCCGGUUGUCCCGGUUGUCCUGGUUGUCCCAGUUGUCCCGGUUGUCCUGGUUGUCCCAGUUGUCCCGGUUGUCCUGGUUGUCCCAGUUGUCCCGGUUGUAAAUGGAACAGUUGUCCCAGUUGUCCUGGUUGUCCCAGUUGGUUCCUGGUUGUCCCACUGGAAAAUUCCCAGUUGUGUUGAAAAUCUAAAAAGGUGGUCCCAGUUUCCCGUUGUCCUGGAAUUUCCGAACAGAUUAUGUCGUGGUUCCAUUGUCCGGUUUCUUGUAGUUUGUCCCAGUUCCAGGUCCACGGUUGUCCUGGUUGUCCCAGUUGUCGGAGUUGUCCCAGUUGUCCAAAUGGAACAACUUUUACCGGUUGUCCGGAAAUUCCACUUUGCUACCUGGUUGUCCUGUUUUUCCGGUUUUUUUUCGUAAAUGGAUGCCCCAGGUUGUCCUGGUUUCCCAGUUGUCCCGGUUGUCCUGCUUGUAAUUUACCAGUUGCAUCUUUGUCACCACCUGAUCUUUAUGAUUGCUGUAUCAUCAGGGAAGCUACCUUUUUACAACUUAUCGCCCCGUUGAGCAGCUUUGUCAGUUGUUAUUGCACAGUCAGGGAUUUGAUUCUGAUGCUGUUCAAGCUUUCUUCAAGCUUCACAAGGUAAAAAAGAUGCAAGGGAGGGGAAUGAUUUUUUGUUUUUGUUUAUUGAUUAUUUUCUUGUUCUUAUUUAUGGAACUUGAUGGUGCAAUAUGAAAAUAUGGUUUAUUAAAGGCAAUGUGAAAAUGGUUAAUAUAGAUCUUUUGUCUUGCCAUUGAACAGGAAGACCAGGCAUGUGCAACUUGUCUUGUUUUGGCCUGUGGUGCAACAGCAACCCAACAACAAGUGAGUCAAAUAGUCUUGUGCUUAACAGCACUUAAGAUUAAAGCGUGGCUUCCAUUUUGUCCCAACCCCUAAAUUGUGAAAAAUGUGUCCAGGUGAUCAUGAUCACUGUAUGGAUUGUUGUGGAUAAUUUUGUUGAUUAGGGUGAUGGUGAUUGUUUGGCCAGAAUUUUGUCUACUUAGAGGAGCAGCUGUCACAAAUGCAGAUUUGGCCGUAACAUCUCUUGAAAAUGUAUAGUGUCACUUUAGUUUUCCCCUUCAAUCACCCUUAACAUCAAGGGAACUCAGCUGUAAUGAGUGUUAUGGGUUACGGCCCUCAGUGAUAGCACUGAAAGCUAGUUUAUAGUCAUCUGGAGUGUCUGACAGGCUUUUAGCCAGACAUUGAAAACUGGCCGUCCAGAAUUCACGUUUUCCCGUAAACGUAUGAGAGAUUAGGUGAAUUUUCCUUGUAUUUCUUCCAAAAAUGGGCGUCCAUAGGAUGGCUGGACAGCCUUCUGGCUAAAACCUUGGUGUCUGAAGAAAAUAAAGUUAUCAACUGAAGAUGAUACAGACAAUAAUGAAAUGCUGCUUUUGGAUAAUGCUUUGCUAUACUGAUUCCAGGUUGCUGAAUGGGCUACAAGAGCUUUCUUCAAAUAUGGAGGCGAUUCUCACCUUCCUUCACCCGGGAACCCUUCAGGAGUGCACCCCCCUGUAACAAGUCCAGGGAGUCCCAUUUCAGGGGGGAACCUGACAGGCAGUUACAUAACCAGACCAGGUGUUGACAGUCCUGGUUUUGUGACUUCAACACCUCAUCAGGCUGGCAUGGGACAAGCUGUAGUGAGACCUGAGUUAACAAGAUCAAGCAAGCAUGAUGGACUGUGUCUUUACUUUGCAAGAAUUUUAGAGUAUGUAUUUGAUACUGUUUUACAAAUUGAUUUGAUGGCUUCUAAGAUGUAUCUAAUUCUUAGGUUUUCCAAUAUUCUAACAUAGUUUCUUUUUUUUAAUCAUCCUUUGUUUUAUAGAACUUUCUGGGAUGGAAGACUUGUGUUUGAGGAUUUUUUCAUGCCUCUUCCUUCACAAUCACAACAGGUUUGAAACUCCUUUUACUGCAUAUCACUCUGUCAAUCUUUGUUUCUUCAAACAUGUGUUGUUUCAUACAUAGGCUACGGUAAAAAAUUGCAACAAGAUUGUAGACACCCAUUGGACUUCACUAGUGUCUGCUGCUGAGUACUUUAUAUAAUACAGCUUGUUUUAUAGAAAAUAUAGGAAGAAAUGUUUGGGGCUUACUAAGGCUGCUUGCCAUUAUUUUCACGGCAGUACUGCCUUCAAAAUCAAAACCACUUGGCAGUUGAUUUCCAUCAAUCCAGAUGGCAAAGAUUGGUGGCAAUUGGGGUGUAUGUGAACCUUUUGAUUUUCAACGGAAAUCUGUUUCCAAGCAGUGUUGAUUGCUGAGAAAAUAGUGGUAGUACAAGUCGCCUUCUUAAUACAGGGUCCAUGUAACCCUCCCACUGAAAUGGCAUGAUGAUUUGUCUCUCUAACGUUUAGAUCUAUACGAAAUCCAGUGAUGUCAACAUUCAAAGGAAGCCUACCAUAGCAGAACUUUUGUGUGGAUUUUACAAACAGAAAAUUCAAAUUUAUUUUUUUUGUGAAUGUUUUGCAUUGGCCACUAUUAAGAGUAAAGUGUUGACACGGGUUUCACUGUAUCAUAAUGUGAAGAAAACACCAGCUUGUUUUAUAAUGAGAUUUACCCUUAAUUUUGAUUCGUUCUUGUUUUUUAGCUCACUCCUGUGUUAAGGAGUUUGCUCAGUGUAUUCCAGUUAGGGUGGAUUUUGGAAAGAUUACGACAACUUCAAACAUGGAUGGAACAGAAUAUGCAGUUUAUGCUGCCCCAUUUGGAUGCAGGGUGUGAAUCACAACUUUUUUUCAGUUUCAUUUUAUUUUGUUAAGGGCAGCAGAACCCAAACGAGCUGUGGUACAAUUCAUCACAAAUUAUUUGUGGAACAUCCAAACUUAUUUUGAAAUUGAAGAUUAGUUUGGUACAAUGUGAAAAUACCAAAGAAGUAGUACCCUAUAACAUGGAUUGCAAGUGAUGAAGUAAAUUUUUCAAGGGACAGACUUAGGCAGACUUCAUGACUGUCUCUCUUUUUCGAUUAGCAAAAUAGUUUUUAUCAAAAUAAGCAAUACAUUAAAAAGAACGUUGUUAUUUGUAGAAAAAGUCUGCUCCUUAGUUCUUGAAUUAUCGAGGAGCUGUUAGUAAAUGUUCAUGCCAUGUUUAGAUUGAUUGUGGGUUCUUUCCUCUGCUCACAGAGAUUUUUUCUGGGUGUAUGUAUGUAGCUCGCCCAGAUUUAAGUCAAGUUAGUGAGAGCUGUAUGAAUCUUUCUGAAAACCGUGUUUUUUUUCUUUCACAAAGUUUUCCCAGAGUAACAAUGGCCAGUGGGCAGUCACUCCUUCAACAAACACAUCAAGGUUAGUGACUGUGGAUAGCACCAUGUCUUUGUCUGAUGCUCAUUUUGUAAAAUACUCAAAAGCAAAAGGUUCUGCAUAGCAGUGCUGUACCACACCAUAAAGCCAUGUGAAAAACUGGGAGUGAAAAUAGUUUUAAAAUACUGAGUCAAGAUGAUUUAAUAUAAUGCUAAGCGGUACUUGAGCUUAUGUGAGGAAGCUUUUAUGUGCAGAAGAGCCAUGUUAUUCUUCGGAUGAUUUUGGCAAACAAACAUAAAAACAGAUUUGGGGUUUGGUGGCAUGACGAAAGCUUGCAGGUGCACAAUGAGUUGAAACCUAGUAAGGUUCCAACAAAUUUUAAAUUAAAUGGUACAGUAAUUAUUAUUAUGAGAUAGGCCGUGGGUCCUGCAUGCAUUGUAGCCAUUCCAUGUUGCAGACUGGGAAAGAAAAUCUUGAGUCAAGGUAACCAAAAUAAGGACACAGCCAAAACUAAGAAGUAUUCUGAUCUGUUAUAGCAACUGCUCCUUAGAAUGCUUAAAUUGACGUUUCACCGAUGAUUUCAGUCAGUUGAGUUAUGGCAAUUUUUUCUUCUUCUUUAGCAUCAGCAGAAGCAUUUGUGGCCGAAAAGAACUUCUUGAUUAACUUCAAGUCAUUAAUUGACCGGUCAAUUGAGACACUGCACCUCUGGCAAGUUCUUAAUGAGCACAACUUUGAGGAGGUCAUACUUCACCUUGAACCGGUAAGAUGAAACUUGAAAGUGUUAUAUAGCAAUUUAAGAUUAUAUGCAAUAAUUUUUGCAACUAUCCCCUUUUCUUCAUGGUAUAACCAGUAACUUGUUCAAAGCCAGAUUAGUAAAGAAACACGGAGAGCGUGAGAACCCCCUUUGUAAUGCGUGGAAUGGCUUCCCCCAAAAAUUCACACCUUUUCUUAAGCUUCUUUAUGCAUUUUGGCUGUGGCUAAGUUUUGGAAUGUUUGUCAUUGUCUUGAUUGUUUUCGAUAUUUGCCUCAGAACACAAAAUCCCCUUCUCACCGCCACCCUCCCUACCCACACACCUUUUGACAAACAAUUUUUCAAACCUCUUAUUUGAUUAUCGGUUCGAAAGCUAUUUUUUGGUCGACACGAGAAGGUGUGACAAAUAAAAAUCCUCAGCUUUCAUCUACUGUUUCAACAAAAUGUGAUUAUUAUUGUAAUAAUAAUAGUAGUGUUCGCUUAAUGAGGAAAACUUCAUGGUUAUUUUCAGGUAAUAAGGGAUCGCCUAAAGCACAUCAAAUUCAGAGACCUAAUAACCACUGGGCAAGAGGUAAGUAGCUUGGUUGUUUCUUUUCCUUCCAAUGUGGCCAAACAUAAAAGAUGAAAGAAAGUUGUAAAUUUGUUUUGCUUAAAGGCAAUGGUACCAUGUAAAGGUACUACUCAGUAGCUUUCAUUUGAAUGGUCACACUUUAGGAUUUCGUCCACAGACGCAAAAGUUAGAACCACCUUGUACGGCAUAAUAAACAGUACCACAGGAAAGUACUAGUCGGUAGCUUUAAUCUGAAUGGUCACAUAAUAGGAUUUCAUCCAUUGACUAGAAAGUUGGGGUCACCUUGUACGGCAUAAUAAACAGUACCACAGGAAAGUACUGCUCAGUUGCUUCCAUUUGAGUGUUCACACUCGAAGGUCUCAUCCAGAGAGUCCAAAAUUAACAUCGUCUGACUCCUGUAGUGAAAUGCUUGAAGUGACAGCAUUUUGUGAGUACAAGUACAAAUUUUAUCUUGUCACGACAAUUUGUUUUCUUUUGUUGCUUUGUGUAGAUUUGCAGUGCCCUUAUUGAUUCUUUAAUAAAGUGCUAUCUGGAUGACAGUGCCUCUACCGAUGCCAUUAGUGAGAGGCUACGUGAUGUUUGCCCAAAUUUAUUCAGCAGUGACGAUGCAGUAUCAACUAAGGUAUCGACUCUACCAUCAAUUUGUAUUUUUUCCCCUAAAAAAAAAACUUGUAAAGAAGGAUUGACUCACUGGUCAGAGAAAAUGCCUCCCACCAAUGAGCUCUCACCAAGCUCUCUACUUUUCUCUAUGAGGUAUUAGCCAUGAGAGUUACCGGUCAUUUCGCCCCGGUUGCUAAACCCGUAGUAGAAUGACGACGGCCAUCACUUUUUCCUGCCAAAAUGACGCUGGUUCACGCGCGCGCAGUAGCUAUUUAGGAAAAUCUUGUCCUCGUUGUCAUCCUCGUUUUAACGUCUGGGCCAGUGUCAUAUCGAAUUGUAUCUUGGGACUGUCAUGGGGAUGCUAUCACUUCUUUCAUUGGCUAUACGAGAAUUCGUUUCCCAGGCAGUCCCACGAUACAAUUCGAGACAACACCAGUCCAGUGUCAUGCACAACCUCGAAAUUGCCAAUUUUUCUGGUACUCCCGUUUUCUCGUCUACUUUAGAACAUACACUCCCAAAGUUCCAAUAAGCCACUUAAGAAACGAGAGGGAAACUGUGCUGAGUUAGCUUUCGCAAAGACUUCUGGGAGUGCUACCGCGGACAGGGAGAAAAAAUUGGCCGAUAGCUGACGGGCACAUCAUUAGUAACAAUCCCAGAAACAACUGCGGGACGCAUUUCGGCUCCAGUUCCUUUCUCAUUUCUAAAGUGGCGAAUUUUAUCAGAAACGCUCAGCCACACCUUUAAAAGAGUUCUUUGAAACUCUUUGGCACUUUUUGUCAACAGAAAGGUACAUUUUCGGCUGUGAUUAAAUGAUAAGUGAUUGUCUGCAACCAGGUUUUAUGAUGUCUUGGUUUUCGAAUCUGUUUUGUCCUUGUUGCUAGGCUGGUGAGCUUUUAAUGUUGGCCAAAAGAAGUAGAGACAAAACCGAACAAGAAAGAAUCCUAAGAGAAUCGCUUCAGGUGGGUUUUGACUGUCAGAGCAACAAACGUACAUCCCACCUUCUGUCCCGGAAACUCUGCAGAAGAAAUGCUUCUUAAAUAGAUCAGUUCAUAUGAUUUUUAGCAUUUUAAAGCCUUUGUCUCUUUAUAUCAUUGGCAUUUUUUCACGUCAGUCUUUAAGGACGACUGUUUCGUUAAAGAGACAAUUUUGGCGAUUAUGAGGAAAGAUGUUAUUCUAGUAAGAACACAGUAUAUUGUCAAAUCUUUCUGUUUUUGUUUCUUUUAGUGUUAUCGACAAGUCACCCAUCAAAUUAAACUAGAUGCGAUUUGUUCUCAUUUUGAAUCAGGUGAGAUGACUACUGAAAAGGAACCUUGAAAUGUAAUGGUGUUUAUUGCUUGCAUGUCCGUUUGCAAGCAUUGUUUUCAGUUUCUCUUGGGAGUUAAAACGACACAAACAAAGGCAUUAUGGUAUGUUUGGUAUUUUUGGAGUGGGCUUGAACUUGAACUUGAUGGGUUGACAUUCUGGUGAGGUUGCACUGAAUUUGCUGGUACUACACAGUUAACUUCCGGAAAAUGUUCUUUUGCUUUCUUAUUAGUGCGAUUCUAUGAAGGUGUGGUGGACUUGUGUUUACAAGCUGCAGUCAAGUGCGAUCCACAAGGACUGGCUCUGCACUUUUAUAGAAAUGGUGAACCUCAUGGUGAUGUCCAAGGAGAGGAGGCGUUUCUGGCCAGGUAAGUACCCAACCCCCCCCCCCACCCCAACCAAAAAAAAAACAUUCGUAACAACACACAACACCCUGAUAAAUAUUGGGUACGUUUUGUCCCCUAGAGAACACACUUAAGCCCAAAUACGACUUUAACAUGUGUAGGAAAGGGUUUUUUUUUGCGUGCAGCGAUUGAGUGCGGUGGAGAUUCCUCGGUCGUAAGCCAAAGCCACUGAGAAAAAAACGCUUUUCGCGUGGGUCACUCACUAUAAAGACUUGACCGAAACCGGAAACUGCGCAUGAAAACCCAGGAUAAUAAUACACUGAAAAACGCGUUUAAAAUGGCACUGAACGGAGGCAGCUGAUGUGGUCUAAUGAAAAGCCUCAGAUUAAGCCACUGUCUCUAAUUUCAGUAACUUUUUUUCUUUUAGACAACGUUGCUACAAGUGCAUUCUGGACAGUUUGCAGCGUCUUUUAGUAGUCAGAACAGCUCCUUCCCAGUCUCCUGGAAGACCCUCCCGGCCAGGACCACCACCUACCCCAGACCCCAAUGCUCUUACGUCACACGACGCAGAGAAGCAUGUACGUAUUAAAUCUUUCUUAUAUGAUUUGUUGAUCCGUUCCUUCAUUUUCUGGCACCCAAAAUAUUGAUGUUGAGUUCCACCCAGCCCGAGAAAACAGUCUACAUUUCGCGACGCCAGGUGACGUCUGAGGAAUAAGCGCAGACAUUCCACGCUGAUGACGUGUCACUUCGGGGAUCUGGGUAGUGCUUCGUUUUUGUCGUGCCGCGAGGGAAAUUAGCUUCAACCAUCAGAAGGACUACACUCCUUCCUCGUCCGCCUAAAAACUAUCCUCCGCUGGCAUGGCUGGUCAAGAUUUGCGCCAUAAUUUUCUUUUUUUUUUUUUUUUACCUCUGAAGACCCUUCCCUCUUUUUCUGUCUUACAGCCCGUUUACAUGGAGGCGGGGAACCCCAGUUAGGUGAGGCAACCCGCCUGUCCAUAUAAUCUCUCAUUUUAAUUUGAUAAUGUUUACAUGAUAGGUGGGGUGACCUGCCCCUCCUAUCUGGGGUCCCACACCUCCAUGUAAACUGGCCAUUCACAAGUAUUGCCGAAUGCGCAUAGCGCACGAACUCCACACGUGUUACGCGCCCUCCUUAGUCUCAAGAGACCUGAUCCUAGUUGACCUCUCAUACAGUGUAAGUUCUCCACGAGCUUUAAAGCAGCCUCUUAAGCAAACGAAGUAAGCUUUAGUGUGGUGGCACAGUGGCGGAGCUAACAUUUCCUUGCGAAGUUUUAACUGAAACGGCCCAACCAACCAGAAAGGGAAAGAAAAGGACUUUUUUUAAAGUCUGAAGUGUCCCUAGAUACUUUUUACACUCGACUCAGGGAAAAAAGAAAUGGUCUGGUAUUCUGGCGUUACUCCCUUUUCUUUAGGUACGUUACACCUUCGCGUGAAAUUCACUCCUUUUGUUGUCACAAGUCGAAACUGCUUUAUAUCUAGUAAAAAUGCAUACUCUUAUCGUUUGAUUUAUACUAGGACUGACGGUAUUGCAUUUGUUUUGUCAUUUUACUAGAUGGAAGAGAUGUUAUCGUUUUCUUUAGCCUACGGAGAUGAGUUGUGGCAUGUCGUGUUGUAUCAGUGGUUAAUCGACAAUGCACUUACGGACAGACUGUUGGAGGUGCAACCCUGAGUUAUUGUUUUCAUUAUUCUUAAUCUUAUCUUUUCAGCCUUUUCCUUCAAAUUUCAAAGGCGCAGAAACACGUUUCAACAUUAGCGUGCUGUGCAACGUUUGCAGACGGGCUAUCCAGCUUUAACGAUUGCGUCACGCGUUCAAAAAUUACCUCGUCAUAGAAAGAACCUCAAAUCUUAAGACUGGCUGUAGAUUGACGGUUAUGUCUCGCUAUUGCACACAAAGUGUAAGCAGAUGAUGAAAUCUAUAAUAUUACUCGCAGUGCUGCAAAAGAAGGAGGACCUACGAUGACGAACCUACGAUGUAGCCAUAACGUGCACUGAAUGUCACACUUCUCUGCCAAGAUAAGGCUCUCGGAGCAAAAUUUUAGUUUUAAUUUUCUUAAAACGAUUUUUGUGUUAUCAGAUUAAAUCUCCAUUCCUGGAGACAUUCCUUAAGCGAUCGUCCGCACAUCAACCUCCCAAUGAACUGAAAAUCCUGGAUUUACUGUGGAGAUACUACGAAAAGACGAAGAACUAUUCCGCGGCCGCUAGAGUUCUCUCCAAGCUUUCCGAAAAAGAGAGGUAAACUUCUGUGAUAUAAAACCUGAAUUAUUUUAUUUCCAUUCAAACAAUUUCUCUUCUGCUCCUCUCACAAUUACUGGUACUUCUGUUCCUUAGCUCUGAAGUAAAACUACAGCUGAGACUAGAGUACCUUUCUCGGGCAAUCAUGAGUGCAAAAAGCUGUAAUUUGAGAACUGCUGCAAGCGGUGAGGGCGAAUUUCUUCAUGAACUGGAAGAGAAGCUUGAAGUGGCGCGCAUUCAAAUGCAAGUCUAUGAAGCUCUUAGCAGAAUAAAUACCGCUACUCCUUCCAGACAAAUCGAUCAGGCCCUAGCUGUCUUGAAUUCCCGCCUUCUGGAUAUUACAACGGUAAGUUCUUCAACUCUUCUUUCCAGUGGAGCCUCGAUUGAACAAAGGGCCGAGGGACUGGCAAAAUUUGUUCGCUACACCGAGGUUUCGUUAUAUCGAGGUUGCACUGUACUGGGGCGAAGAAUAUCGUUCGUUAUACCGAGGACUUCGUUAUAUGGAGGUUCGUUAUAUCGAGGUUCCACUGUACUGGGAUAAAAAAAAAUCGUUCGUUAUACCGAGGACUUCGUUAUAUAGAGGUUCGUUAUAUCGAGGUUCCACUGUACUGGGAUAAAGAAUUUCGUUCGUUACACCGAGGACUUCGUUAUAUAGAGGUUCGACUGUAAUUGGCUGUCUUAGAUUUAGUUCCAGGCCUGAUCGAGAUCCUUAUUUUUAUCUUUAGAUCCUAAACUUUAAAGCAGCUUUCAGUGGAAGGUCACAGUAACUGUUUGUGGUUGGCUAAACACAUUUUGCACCACUUUUUAAACAAGUCAGGCCUUGAGCCACGACUUGUUUGUAGGCGGUUUCCGCCCUUGGGUUCGUACAGAAUCUUGAAUUCUUGAAAAAGUCUUGAAAUUUGUCCAGCAAUUUUCAAGACCUGGAAAAAGUCUGGAAAAUGAACACAUUGUCGAAGCUUUUUACCGACGAUGCAUUGCAGAAAAAGUUUAAUAGUGUCCAGUUUUCAUGGCGAUCACCUCACAACUUCACCCGUGUGGUGCUGGACACAAAAGAGAUCUGUACGGAUAAAGAGCGAAGCCAUAUCAUUAACACAAACUUGAAAAUUUAAAGAGAGGACCUAAAAGCUUUCGUGGAAGACAUAACAAGACAACGGCAUUCCCUUAAACAAAGAACUCUGGGGAUUUACAUUCGCACGAGCAGCUCCCAACAAUGUAAACUUUUGUCGAAAGAUUUUUUAAUUUGCCUUGUUAAUGAACGUAUACCCAUAAAUCCUUUAAUUCUCAUCGCUCAUGGCUUAUACUUUUUAGCAACAACAUUUUUUCAAUCUGGUAUAUAUGCUCUUUGAUGAAGAUCUGACUUAACGUGUGUUCCACAUGGAACCAAAUUUCUAUUUCAGUCACUUAUUUUGCGUGUCUGACUUACAUCAGUUUCUUGGUUCUUAUUUUCCCUUAGCUUUAUGGAGAUUUUGCUGAUGUGUUUGCACUAGCUGAGUGUAAACUCGCCAUUGUUCAUUGUGCUGGGCACUAUGACCCCAUACUGAUAGAAACUCUUUGGAAAGACAUUAUAGAAGGAGGUAUGUUGAACACUGAGAGUAACAGACACUUGUUGACAAAAUUUGCCUGCUCCCAACUUAUGGGUCUUCUUAAGAGCACUGCAACGCGAACACAGAGGCCAUGGGUUUGAAUCCCGUUAAAGUCCCGAAAUGUUUUUUCGGGUUACUUUGCAAUUGCUUAAAUUGCAAGUACCACUGCGACGAUCCUAUCGUCACAUAAAUUUGUAUUUCCGCAGUUCACAUCAUCAUUUCGUGUUUAAAUCCUUUCACGGGUUAAGAUUAAGUCAACAAAUGAUUGGCCUGUUCCCAAUGUAUGGGUCUUAAAGCUCAAUUGGUUAGAGCACUGCAGCGUUUUAGUAUUGAUAGUUUUCAUUCACGUGGUCAGCAGCUUUGCAAUUUGCUUAGAAUGAAAGAAAGUUUUAACAUGUGAAAAGAGUUCAAUUCCAACAGGAUUUUUUUUGUACACAAACAUGGCCGCCGAUUCAUUGGUUUGGACACAAAUAUGGCCGCCGUGACGUCAUGUGAAAACGAUCUAUAGCUUCGUUCUGAUUGGCUCGAGGCUUUUCAGCCCAUCGUAAAGUAUAGAAUUUGUAAUGCAAAUUGAAAACCAAAGAAUCCACGAAAUUAUUUUCUGGGCUCGGAAACCACGCAAAUUAACCACCACUAUUUCAUAUAUUUCACUGUAAUGUAUUACUUUUUACCAACAGAACUCCAAGAAUCUUUGCAAAAUUCUCCCAGUGAUCGCAUGGCAAUCGUCAGUAAAAAGAUUGCUUCUCUAGGAAAAAUGUAUGUUCACUCUGAGCGCUACUUCCCACUGGGUAAGUAUCAUUUGUUGCGUUACAUGCGUGACUCUGAAUGCUGUCACGCCAUCGUAAAACAUCAAUCUAAGUUAUCUGGAAUACGGACUUUGAUUCGGUUGAAGCUUGUGAUACUCCCCACUUUCAAACCAUUUAAUUUCUAGUUUUUUGUCAUAACAUUUGUUCACUGAUUAACCGUUUUAUUACAAGUAUUGCAAGGUAGUUCUUACGUUUGAGUCUGGAGGAAAUCCUGCGGUGUGACCCUUCCGAUUUCACUUCUAGGGCACUUUCAUAUGUUAGUACGGAGCUUAAGCAACCACAACCACAACAGCAACAAUUGGUUUUAUGAGGAAAACAACUGCUCUGCGCGUACAUCACGUUUCUUAGUACAUUUCGUCGACGUCCACUGCACGACUACGACGUGAAACCUCCUAAUGCGACGAUUUAUAUACGUGAAUAUAUACAACGACGAAUUUUCGUUUCUCUUUUUGAACCAGGAUAAAAUCGUUAGAAUUCAACUCCAGGAAAAGUCGCCAACAUUUUACAAAUUGUGUGGUUCCAAAUAGACGCAAUAAAGUCUAAAAUGACGCAAAUUAGUUUUUAGCGACGUUUUCACUGCCGUCGUCUCGUCGUUUCUUGAGCUCCCCACUAUUUGCUUUUAAGCGUUUUACAAAGUGAAAUUUGGAAUUUUUUGACUUUGACCACGUUUAGGACUUAAAGGGUUAACCCUUUCAGCUUCAAGAUCUAAAUACAGAUUCUCCAAACUGAUCUUCAUACAUUUCUUCUAAGAAUAGUUGAGAGAAUUUGGUUUAAGAUCAAACAUUUUCCCGUUGGUAAUCAGUUUAGUAAUUCUCAUAACCUUUACUCUUGAUGAUCUGCUGAUAUCGUUAGGCGCCAUUGUCCUAAUGCUGGAGAAAAAAAGUGCCGAGCUGGCCUGGGACCCAACUUGGGUGUUCAUGACAUUGUUAGAGAUUGGAAUCCCUUUCCCAGUCCUUCAUGGAAUCUACGACAGGCUCUUCAAAGCUAAGGUGAAAAUCGAUACAACGACUAGCUUUGAUUUUCAUUGAACGACAUUUUAGUGUGUUUGUUUGAAGGCAUGUUGUUUUACUGUUAUAAGGCGUUUCUAUUAACUCUGUUGAUGAAAUCGCCGUAACAUACGACCAUCUAAUUACAGUUAACUAAACAUUAUUUACUUAGGGUAUUUUUCCGGAGUGUUCCUCUAAGCGUUUCUAUCAAGUCUGUGGAUUAUAUGCUAAUGUGUGACCAUUCAAAUGAAAGCUACUUAACAGGUUUUUCUCCUGUGGUAGUGGUUAUUACGCUGUAAAAGAAGGUUCUACUUUUUGAGUCUGUGGGUGAAAUCCUUAAGUGUGACCAUUCAAGUGAAAGCUACUUAAUAGUUUUUUUUACCUGUGGUAUGCGUAUUACGCUGUAAAAAGUAGGUUCUAACUUUUGAGUCUGUGGGUGAAAUCCUAAAGUCUCUACAAUCAAAUAAAAGUAUCUGUGCACUCCGUUUUUGUGGCACUGUUUAUUUCAUUGUACAAGGUGGUUAUAACUUAAAGUGAGUGUAUGAAAUCUUGAUAUCUUACCAUUAAAGAAAAACUUAGCGUGGCUUAAUUAAAGCGCCUCUCAAUGUUGGACAGAACGUUCAAUUUGGAGUUGUACAUGUUUUAGGACCCGUCCUGGAAAGCUCUUAACAGGCCUCUUCACAUUCUUGAAGUAAUUUAUCAUUUAUUGAUGAAGUUUGUGAGUACGCCUUCUCUUUCUCCGCCAUAUGAAAGGUAAGUAGCUCCAGCUACUACACCAACUAAACCAAACUACACCAAUAACCACACCUUCACCAACUACAGCAACUUCACCAAACUUCAAUUACAUAAACUACACCAAAUUACACCAUUGUUUGUUAUAUUCGUUACAGAUAUCAUGAAUUUUUCCACCUAAAUUCAAAUAGGACUGAGAAAUGACUUUUGACUAACAAAUAUUAGGGUUUGGUUUUAGAUAAAUUUGAUAUUUUCCAUUGACCGGUUGCUUUUUCUCUUUCAGGCGUUCGUUUACGACUUCGCUGUAUGAUGCUUGUGCUACGUAUCUAGUGGAAUUGGAAUCAAUUUGCUCACGUAACCCUAAAGUGCAGGAUACGCUGGCCAAAUUCAAGGGAUUGCAGGCGCGUAUGAAGCGCCUACUGUGAAAGAGCGACUAAAUAUUUGCUGUUUUGAAAACUGUAAAGCUAUCCAAGUCUCGCCAUGAGUAAUGUUUCUGCAAAAUGAGUAUUGUAGGUGAUUUUUAAUAUCAAAUUAAUACCAUAUUGUACAUAAAAGC